GGCAGUGCUCUUUCCUGGGUGGCCUUCCCCGAGCGCCCUCAUGUUCCUGACGCUGCUCGGUGUCGUCUUGCUGGCUGGUUAUUUACCAGGUCGGCGUCAUCCCCAGCCAGUACUAUGAGGUCCUAGGGAGCAAGGACUUCUCCGGGUUCAAAACAUUGACUGCCGUUGCCGUGACUCUGAUCAUUGUUAACUCCACGCUGAAAAGUUUCGACCAGUUUAUCUGCAACAUGAUGUAUGUGAACUGGAGGAAAUCCCUCACUGAAUACCUCCACAGCUGCUACUUCCAAGGCCAGGUCUACUACAGCCUGCACGUGCUGCGUGAGGACAUCGAUAACCCGGACCAGCGCAUCAGCCAGGAUGUGGAGAGGUUCUGCAGGCAGCUCAGCUCCAUGGCCAGCAAGCUCGUCAUCUCACCCUUCACACUGGCCUACUACACAUACCAGUGCUUUCACAGCACAGGCUGGCUAGGCCCAGUGAGCAUCUUUGGAUAUUUCGUCAUUGGGACGAUGAUUAACAAAGUGUUGAUGAGCCCAAUUGUGUCUAAACUUGUGCAGCAGGAAAAACUGGAGGGAGAUUUCAGGUUCAAGCACAUGCAGAUUCGUGUCAAUGCAGAACCAGCUGCUUUCUACCGGGCUGGGCGAGUGGAGCACAUGCGCACAGACCGGAGGCUGCAGAGCCUGCUGAAGACCCAGAGGGAGCUGAUAAGCAAGGAGCUGUGGCUAUACAUUGGGAUCAACACCUUUGAUUAUCUGGGCAGCAUCCUGAGCUACGUGGUCAUUGCCAUUCCCAUCUUUUCUGGCGUUUACGGUGACCUGAGUCCAACAGAGCUCAGUGCCCUUGUCAGCAAGAAUGCUUUUGUUUCCAUCUACCUCAUUGGCUGCUUCAGCCAGCUCAUAGAUCUCUCCAGCACUGUGACUGAUGUAGCUGGCUACACACACAGGAUUGGUGAACUGCAGGAGACCUUGCUGAGCCUUGGCAGAAAAAAAAAUGGUAACUACUCAGAAGCCAAAACCACUUGGGAUUUGGACAGCAGCCCUUCUGGGGAGGACCCAGUGCCAAGGGACACAGCUUUCCUUCUGGAACGAGUGACACUCUCUGUACCAUCCUCUGGCAAGCUGCUCAUCAAGGACUUGAGCCUCAGGAUCUCACAAGGAAACAGUGUGAUGAUUGUGGGGAACACUGGUACAGGGAAGACAUCUCUCCUGAGGGUCCUCGGAGGACUCUGGGAGAGCACACGGGGGAGCAUCAGGAUGCUGACCUGCUUUGGCCCCCGAGGAGUGGUGUUCCUACCACAGCGGCCCUUCUUCACUGAUGGAAGCCUGCGUGAGCAGGUGAUCUAUCCCCUGAAGGAGAUCUAUCCACUUUCAGGGUCUGCAGAUGAUGAGAGGAUUGUGCGAUUCCUGGAGCUGGCUGGGCUGACUGAUUUGCUGGCAAGGGCUGGAGGACUGGAUGAACAGGUGGACUGGAACUGGUAUGACAUCCUGUCCCCAGGGGAGAUGCAGAGGCUCUCAUUUGCCCGACUCUUCUACCUCCAACCAAAAUAUGCAGUGUUAGAUGAAGCCACUAGUGCCUUGACAGAAGAGGUGGAGCAUGAACUGUACCGAAUGUGCCUUCAGCUGGGUAUGACACUGAUCAGCGUGGGACACAGACCCAGCCUGGAAAAGUUCCACAGCUGGAUUUUGAAACUUCAUGGGGAGGGAAGAUGGGAGCUCACUCGAUGUGAGAAAAUGAAGCGGCUCCCCUCUGAGGAAGGACACUGAAAAACAUGUCCUUGUCUGGCCAGCCAGAGAACCUGCACACGUGUGGAAGAGCUCUCAAUAGCAGACAUGGAGCUGCCACGUCAGCAGCUGUGUCUAACAGUGCAAGACCAGUUCUGGAUUUUGCUGAUAGACAAAGAGUAUGCCUGAACUCAUGGUGUGGAGUUCUGCCAAGAGCAGACACAGUUAUGCCAUCCUUCUGCCAGCCUUCUGCCUCCCUGGCUCUCACGGAAGGAAGGAGCUGAGCUGCUAGGCCUCCCUGAGAGAAGAUGCUGCCUCGUGGGUCUUGUAGAAACAGUAGCCAGAGAAACCUCCACUUUGUUUGGGAUAGAUUUGGUGUGAGGUAGAAUGCAGCCUCCUUUUCUGCCCUCUGUGCCUUGCUAGGAGCGCUGCAGAACAGAUUUAUGUACCUUGUGGCUCUGUCAAGAAUUGUUUUCCAGCAGGAGACAAGGGGAGGAGAAUGCUAGCACAGAAAAGGGGCAUGUCUCUGCUCUCCUUAUAAUACAUGGCUACAAGUGAAAGGAACAUUUUUGUAUUAAAAUCUGGGGCCAGUUUUCAAACUGUUUUUAUGGAGAAGAGUCAAAUAUUUGUUAA